AUGCCGGGCCGGCCUCAGAUGAGUGUGUCGGAUUUUGUAUCAGAGCUGCGCGGCAUCGUGUGUGCGACGAAGGAUGUGGCGGUGGAGGAGGAGAUUUGUGAGUCUACCUCAUGCUUCAGCACAUAUGAGAACUUCAAGGAUUACUGCUGCAACAAGGCCUUUGAGGUCAUCGGGGACGACAACCAGUACAAGCGGUACUUCUCUCAAUGCAAGGAGAACGCCGAUGUCUGGGCGAUCAAGGUUCACGCGGGGGUGCAGCAGGUGAUGGGAGACAUCAAGUCUGUGCAGGCCAUGGUGGAGACGCUGCAGACACAGGGGAAGGAGAAGCUGUACCGUCUCUGCCCUUGA